AUGGCGGGAGCCAAGCAGCCUCGCCGCUGUCGCUUCCCGACGCUUCUCGCCACCAUCUCGGCCGCCGCUCUGCUUCUCUUCUUCCCACGAUUCUCUCCGACGGAGGCAGCGGCGGUGGAGAAGGGGAGGAACCGAUCGUCGUUGCUCGGGGAGCCGAGGCAGUGGGCCACGGGCAAGGACGAGGCGCAGAUUCUCGCCGAGGCCGAAGCGCGCGCUGGCGGCGGUGGAGAGGGUUCACUGACCGGGGACGACGGGCGCGAGUUCGCCUCGCUCGACAGCAUGCUGCAGUGGGCGAUUGGGAACUCUGAUCCGGAUAAGUUGAGAGAAAAGGCUGCGGAAUUGGAGAGGCUAUCGGCAGAGGAAUUACUCAAGAAACAGAUGGAGAUUAAGGAGCUGAUGGAGAAGUUAAAGGUGCCAUCAGAUGCUGAGUUGAUGAAGGUUGCUAUCGCUGACUUAAAUAAUUCCUCUGUUUUGCUGGAGGACCGCCACCGUGCACUGCAAGAGCUUUUAGUUCUGGUUGAGCCCAUCGACAAUGCUAAUGAUCUUGACAAACUUGGAGGCCUUCUUCCGUUGAUUUGGGAACUUAGCAAUGCAGAUGAAGGAAUAAGAACUACUUCAGCAUGGGUGCUGGGCAAAGCUAGUCAGAACAAUUUUCUUGUUCAAAACCAGAUCCUUGGUUAUGGAGCUUUGGAAAGAUUAGUGAAGAUGGGUUAUUCCAGUUCUGCACCAGAAGUUGCAAAGGCACUGUAUGCUAUAUCCUCUUUGAUUAGGGACAAUGAACAUGGUCAGGAGCUGUUCCUUUCAGAAAAUGGCUAUGCAAUGUUGCAGCAUAUACUGUCAACCACUAGAACUAAUGUUCGGCUUCAGAAAAAGGUUGUCUCUUUACUGGCAUAUAUAGCUGACUUUCAGCUAAAUACAGGGAGGUCACAAGCUCCAUCCUUAAGCAACCACCUUUUCAUAAAAUCAGUAGUUGAGAUGAUAUCAUCAGUGCCUGACCUUGACCUCCAGGAGAAGGCUUUGUUAGCUGUUAGGAGUCUGCUGCAGCUUACGUCAGCUGAUGCUACAGAUCUUCAGAAGUUUUCAGGCCUGGAUGAUUCCCUGAAUACAUUGAGGGUGCAAUUGGAUGAGUUGACAUCUCAUGAGGAACAAAGGGAGUACGCUCUGGAUGUUGAAAUUCUCCGGAGAGAAGUCCACAUUGUCUUCCAGCAGAAAAUCAAUCAGGCAAGCGUGGUUGCAGCAUCACAUGGAAAUUGA